CCCUUUUCAUUUGUACAAAUGUGGGUUGUGGAUUCUUCGCAGACUCAAGCUUCCUUGGCCGUCAGACUGUUUCUCACUGGGAAGAGUCUGUUGGCUGCAUACAGAAGAGACAGGAUGAAUGUCCUCCUCAGUCUCAGUGUCUUAUGCAUCACACUGGCUUUAUGCCAGGCAGCCUGUUUUACUGUGCCACCCAAAGUAGAUAUUAGAAAUGGUGUGUUGGUGACUCAGAGCCGCUGUAAAGAUCUUUAUAAUAGGCAGAACUAUCAAUCUGGCUCAGAGUGGAACACAGCUCAUUGCUUGAGAUGCAGUUGCCAUGGUGGAACAAUGGAAUGCUGCAACAGAUUUGGUGGCGUUGCACAUCCUCCACCAGGUUGCAAAGCUUUGGUUAAUCCGAAAACAUGCCGCUAUGAAUUCUAUCGCAUUAAAGCCCCUUCAAAGUCAUGCUUCUGAGCCUCAGCAACCCAUUUCCUUCAUGCCACAGAGCUGAAAUAAAACAGUGAUUCACUGUC